GUAUGCAGAGGCUGAACUAGCUUUAACAGGGAGUGGAAUAGCAAAAUCAAGAAAUAUAGAAGAUAUAAUUAAUGAGUUUGGAGAAUCAGCAUCUUUUGUAGUGCAAUUACUGGGCCAGAUCUGUAUCAAGACAGAAAGAAAUGUAAAAGCUGCAGAAUCACUUAGAAAAAGCUUGAAGUUAAAUCCUUUCCUUUGGGCAUCAUAUGAAUUAUUGGUUAGUUUAGGAGAAAAACCAGACCCUUCCAAGAUAUUUACAAUAUCCAACCUAGACAACUUCUCAUACUGUCAUGGAUCCAAUCCUAUUGUAAACUUAAUAAAUAAAUCAAAUACAAGUGGAGAUACAUAUAUUUCUUGUGAUGUGCAGCAGGAAACUAGUCAGCUUUCAACUAAAAUAUCUGGCAUGCCUAUGCUCUCAUCUUCGACAGGGGUAAAUGUGCACUCUCCACUGGCUCUUUUAAGAACUAGUCCAGAGCCUAACAAUGUAGAAGUACUUACUCCUGAAAAUAGCAGUUGGAUUCCAAUUACUUCUGCUGCACUAGGAAAAUCAUCCAACAAACUUUCUCGUGUGGGAAGGAAUAUUUUUGGAGGAAACAUGAUUCAAACACCACUAACACCAAAUUUUGGUAUUCUACCACUGGAUACUCCCAGUCCUAUAGGAACUAUUGCCAGUGCUGGAAACAGGACCUUGGCUUACAUUACCCCUUCUCCACCAACAUUACUAGAUCAACAGUCAAUUGAUUUAAGAGCUCCAACAAAAAAGCAACCAAUGACAAGAAGUCGUCAAACACUUAAUCCUUCCAAGUUCCAAAUCUUUGGUCAGUCUGGAAACAAUAACAACAACACUACACUGGGUGUAUCUCAGACGCCUUCACCACAGCCAAGUCUUCAACCUGGUGGUCUUAAUAGUGUAAGACGAAGUUCUCGACUUUUCAGCAGCUCUAAUUCUGUCAAAGAGAAUAACAAAACGUCAAACAAAAGUAGUAGAUUUGUCUCAGCUAAAGCUCCAUCUAAAAAGACAAAAGCAAAGUCCACAAAAGGAUCUCUUUCUCAGUCUAAAGAAUGUGAAUUAAACGAAUUAAAUAAGCCAGAAAACCAGUCAGAAAACAAAACGUCAGCCAAUCUAUAUUCAAUAACUCAAACAGCCAUAGGAAUGCAGAGAGCCUCAGCAGAAGGACUAAUGCAGCUUCUCCAAGACAUGGGAUGGGCAAGGCUUUACAUUGGACAUUAUUGUUGUAAAAAAGCUAUAGAAAUUCUUAGUGCUCUCCCCCCUCAUCACUAUAACACGGGAUGGGUAUUGGCGACUCUAGGUCGAGCAUACUUUGAACUAGCAGAUUAUAGCCAGAAACCAGGUAUCAGGUUUACUUACAUAUCUAAAUCUCAUGUUAUUUAUCCACAGGCUUGGUGUACAGCAGGUAACUGCUUUAGUCUACAAAAAGAACAUGAAACAGCUAUUAAAUUUCUUCAACGAGCUACACAAGUAGAUCCCGAUUUUGCCUAUGCCUACACACUUCUGGGACAUGAACAUGUUCUGACAGAAGAAAUGGAUAGAGCAAUGGCUUGCUUUAGGAGUGCCAUACGCAUCGAUCCACGUCACUAUAAUGCUUGGUACGGAGUUGGAAUGAUCUACUACAAGCAAGAGAAGUUUCGACUAGCUGAAGUCCAUUUCAAUCGGGCUCUUGCUAUUCAUCCACAGAGUUCAGUCUUGAUGUGUCACAUAGGAAUAGUUCAACAUGCUUUGAAAAAAAUGGACUCAUCUUUAGCCACUUUGAACAAAGCUGUAACCAUGGAUCCCAAAAAUCCACUGUGCAAGUUUCAUAGAGCGUCUAUCUAUUUUUCACUUGAUCGUCAUCAAGAGGCAUUGAGUGAGCUAGAGGAGAUAAAACAGUUGGUUCCAAAGGAAUCUCUUGUAUAUUUUCUUAUAGGAAAGGUUCACAAGAAAUUAGGAAAUACACAUUUGGCCUUAAUGAACUUUUCCUGGGCAAUGGAUUUGGAUCCUAAAGGUGCUAAUAACCAAAUCAAAGAAGCCAUUGACAAGAGAUACACAAACGAAGAAGAUGAAGUUGUUGCCUCCCAAGAUCCAACAUCAGAUGAUAUAGUCAGUGUUGGUUCAGGCCCAGCAGAUCAUGACUCAUCACACGAUAGUUCUGUAAUGGAUGUAGAGGAUAUUCAUCUUCAAGCUAUGGAGAGUGAUGAAAGCUUCUAAUUGAAAAAAAAAGACUUGUUGUCUUUGUUCUGUAUAUUUUAGAUUUUGUACUUGACUUCUUGAGAAAAGGGAUUCAGAAGUGGUGUAGGUGGAAAAAAAAUUGAUCUUGCACAGAGAUUUUCAACAGUGUUACAAUCUUUGACUGCCUUAGUCUGACACUUUCAUUCUGUUUUGGAAGCAAACUGUCCCAUAGUAGUUAACCAUUUUCAACAGUGUUUACAGCUUUUUCCAGGAAUAUUUAUCAAUGGAAGGAAGAAUAUGCACUUUGUCCAGAAGAAUGUAAAAAGUUCCCUGCUGUCACCCAAACGAGCUGUUUAUAAGGUUAUCAUUAAAUUUCCUAUUUAACUAUAUUGAAACAAAAUAUUUAACAGUAUAACAGUAAAAAUGUACUUUAUUUGAUGAUUAUAUUAAGGCAGAAUAAAAGAAGCAGUUGUUUUUGCAGCCUUAACAUGAGAAUGGAUUGAGACUAAGAACUUAGGUAUAACAAAAGGCAGUACUGUUUGACAUAUGAGAAAGAAAUUUGAGAAAGAAUGAUAUUUUCACAUUCUGUGUAAUAAACUCUUACCAACAAGUGUAUUUGUAAGCUCUUGCCUUUCAUUGUGUGUUAAAUGUUGUCUCAAGUUGCCUGAAAGCAAGAACUUUUGAAGUACUGAUGUUAGAAACAUGCUUUAAAUAAAACUGGAGAGUAAAUCAGAA